UAAGAUGGCAUGGUGUGUCGUCAGCGUUACGUCACAGAAAAAAAAAAGGUUACGUCAGAGGGAACAGCAAAAGAACAAAAUGGAGGAAUAUGCCAGAGAGCCAUGCCCCUGGAGGAUCGUGGACGAUUGUGGGGGCGCCUUCACCAUGGGUGCAAUAGGUGGAGGAAUAUUCCAGGCGGUUAAAGGAUUCAGGAACUCUCCCUCUGGAAUGAGCCACAGAAUGAAAGGUAGCCUGACCGCAAUCAAGACUAGAGCCCCACAGCUUGGAGGAAGCUUUGCAGUAUGGGGAGGUCUCUUCUCCAUGAUCGACUGUAGUUUAGUAAAAGUACGAGGGAAGGAGGAUCCCUGGAACUCCAUUACUAGUGGGGCAAUGACAGGAGCUAUCCUGGCUGCAAGAAACGGACCAGUAGCCAUGGUGGGCUCUGCAGCUAUGGGCGGUAUCCUGCUGGCUUUGAUAGAGGGCGCCGGCAUCUUGCUCACUAGAUUCGCCUCUUCACAGUUCCCAACUGGGCCCCAGUUUGCAGAGGAACCGACCCCGGCUCCAAUGCCCUCCGCUCCAUUUGGAGACUACAGACAAUAUCAGUGAGAGAGGAUUCGCUACUUCUUGAUCACUAGGCCUUUUUUUGAAUUCCUUGCUGAGGUUGUAAAGAAGAAAUGCAGAUGUUCAACACCACACGUCAAAAACAAAAGAAACCAAACUUCAUGGACUGAGUCAGAGGGGCGAAGGACAAAUCUCAUCUUGAUUUUUUCUUUUUUCAGGAGCCAUGUACAGAUCUGCCUUUUUUGCCAUUCUCAGCCUUGUCAUGUGCAUCUGUUCCAACAAACACUGGUUAAAUACAGAAAUGUAAUGAGAUUUGUCAAUGAGAGUCUGUGAGGACAAGGUGUGUUUAUAUAUAUAUAUAUAUAAUAUAUAUAUAUAAUAUAUAUAUUUCUGCUACUGCGUGUAGCCCAAACAAGAGGGAGUUUAAGUCUGACGGCGUCUGGAUAGUGUUGAAUUUAGCAAACCAUGUCACACAUUGAACGUCAUGAAUGAUAUAUUAUUAUAGCAUAUGUGUAAAUACAGUAAAGGCUUUCUUCUUGUAUCCACUUAGUCUUUAUUUGCUUUGAAUAAGUCAUGCUUGGGCUCGCCGUCGACAGAUUGCUGGCCUGUUUCUUUUAUUGAUUUUAUUCGGGGUUAUGAAGGCAAACACUCAUCAGAAACAACGCUAUUCCUAGGAUAUAAGUCUGUUUUAAAGUGAUUUAUUUAUUUUGGGUUGUAAAGAGUGUUUCUAUUUUGUCUGACAGUGCUUUUACAUUCGACACAAAGGAGUGAUUAUAACUGUGACAGAGGAUGGCAUAGGCAGGACAAAUGAUGGAGAAACUCAAGCAAGGGAUUGAUGCAUACUGUAUUCAAUCUGUAUGACAGAUUGUAGUAUGAUUUAAAAAAAAAUUAAAGACGUAAGUUGUAAAAAAA